CGUUCAUUAGCCUUUUCUUGUCUUCAUCUAUCCCCAGGCGAAAGAGAACCUUAAUCGAUAGCUUUCUCCGAAACCUCGUGAGUCAUCUAUAACAUUAAGCAUGUCUUCAGUCUCCCUGCAAACAGUUCAGAUCAUCCAACAACCAAGCCAGCUGCUUUCCCAUCCCUAUCACACCGUCAAACCAACGAACCCCACUCCCAGCCCAGCUCAUCGGCAAUCAGAAGCACCACCACCAUCAUCGACAGAGAAGAUGGAUCCCUUCAAAAAGCUGCCAGCGGAGCUUUGUGUGAAGAUCAUGUUGUCAACCUGUUCACAAUCUACGGUUUUCCAGCUAAUUCAGGCCUCGCCUGUCAUGCUGAGGCAAUACACCGCAUCAAAAAGAUAUAUCAUUAAGAGGUUGCUUGCCUCCGACUUUGACAAGAGCAUGGUUCAGGACGCUAUGGCGAUUAUUCUAUUUCCUUCAGAGGAUAUAAGUCACUUUGAAGCCUUAGCUCGUGCCCAUCAUCGCUCUUGGGCAACGAAACAAUUCGCUGACCCGUUACAUCAACCUCUACAAAGUCAGGAUCAGGACUUCAUCGACAUGAUCAUCAAGCUCUAUAGAGGACUUAUGUUCUUUAUUGAGGACUAUCUUACUAAGGCCACUGCCGCUUUUCCGCCUCGGGAGUACCUUUGUGUUCCAUCUGGAACCCAGUUACUCUUCAAGGGUCAGGCAGUCUGUCCCAAAUUCAACGCAGCCAAUCUUACAAAUCCGGAAAGAAAGCGACUGCUGCGAGCCUUUUUGUGGUGCCAGCUCCAUUCUCUCUUCGCUAGGAUGGAAAGUAGCCAAAACGAAGGAUUUUGCAACAUGAGAUUAUUACAUCAAGAACCUCAGCCAUGGGACACAGAGGCAAUUCGAUGCGUUCACACAUAUCUCAUGUCUCUUUACGGGGCCAUAAUUGCCCAGUGCAGCAGCGACGUCUGGCUACCUGAAGUUGUCCCAAGAGCUACUUCACCUCACCCCCCCGGCUUGCUUUACCCAGAUAGCCUAUACGUCGACGCUGACGUCUACGCCUCAACCUUGACCCAUCGCUGCGAUACAUCAGCGUUAGCGGCUGCAGGCUUCGACCUAGCCGCACUCUUACUUCGAUCCGCUACAGCCGGACAACUUGGUCGCGACCGCCUCGGGAAAUGGUUUACAGCAGCUUACCCGAACUGCAACUGGGGAGAAUUCCAUCCAGUGAGCUUUCACUGGUGCGACUUUCACAGCUUUAUUCGAGGCUAUAUUGACUUUGGUGCCAAUAAAGAGGAUCAUCAAAACGCCCCAGGCAUGUACGAGAUACUUCGCCCCCAACUGUGUACCCUACCUAUACAGAGAAAGAUCUACCAACAAAGGGCAUGGGUAUUCUUCGACGACGCCAGAUUCUACCCUUCACCUUCGCCCGAUAUAAUGCCGCACUUUCCUACGGAAGAUGACAUAAUGAACGAACAGUUCUAUAAUACAAAGCAGGACAAGGAUUGGUUUACAUAUCCACAGGAGACCCAAGCUCAGCAUCGGUCACAAAAGUGGCAUAACAAACAGCGAGGGAUAUCUACUGAUACGACGAAAGCUGAAAACAUGCAAGACUUGGAGCUUGCAAAAGAGUACGAGGUUUCCCUACCUAGCAUAAUGUCUAUCGCCUUCCACCACCGCCUACUAUUAUCGGACCUUACCUAUAUACAGGAGGCUGAGAAAACAAAAGAAACCUAG